UUAAUGACGGAGGUGCUAAACAUAUAUAUACAUUACAAACCAAAGUAUAUACAGUAAAUAUGGUCAAAACAAUAUGAGGAUUUGACGUUGUUGGUUCUUAUACAUGUCCAUUUUGCUCCAUUCAUUGGUAAAGUUUGUUAAAACAUUUGUUCUUGAAAAAACUAUAAUUUGAUUUGAAGUUAAAGGGAAAAAUGGUUAAAUUAUUGGAUGUUAAAGCCAUAGAGAGUACAAAGCCUAUUGUGUUGAUGAUAGUGGUCCAGUCUAUAUAUGCAGUGGUGAAUGUCAUGUUUAAGAUGGUAGCAAAUGAGGGAUCAAAUUUAAGUGUUCUUGUUGCCUACCGUUACGUCAUUUCUUCUGCCAUCACUUUGCCAAUUGCUCUCUUCUUUGAAAGGAAUAGUCUGCGAAACCUGAGUGGAAAGGUGAUGUUCCAAGCUUUUCUUUGUGGGUUAUUUGGGGGAUCCUUGCAACAAAACCUGUAUCUGAAAUCUUUGGCUUUGGUACCAGCAACAUAUACUACAACCAUGUUAAACCUCAUCCCUGCAACUACCUACGUUAUUGCUGUCUCUCUUAGAAUGGAGAAGCCAAAUCUUGGAACAUUAGGUGGCAAGGCCAAAUUGAUAGGAACAUUUGGUGGAAUUGGUGGUGCCAUGAUCCUCACUCUAUAUGAAGGCAAGAGGUUAUUUAACUGGUCAAUGCACAUUGACUUAUUGCAACGAUAUAAGACAUUACCACUACAUGAUUCUUCUACUGCCUCUCAUGUUUUGGGUUUCAUGCUAGCUUUUCUCACUUCUCUCUCUUUCUCAUUGUGGUUUAUAACUCAGUCAAAGAUGAGUCAGAAUUUUCCGUGGCAUUAUUCAAUCGCGGCUUUAACCUCAAUAAUGGCUGCAAUUCAAUCUAUUGUAUUUGUUCUUUGUACGGAGAGAGAUUGGAACCAAUGGAAACUUGAUUGGAAUUUGGGAUUUUUAACCUCAGCUUUAUCGGGUGUAUUUUCCUCUGGGCUGUGCUUUAUUCUAAUAGCUUGGUGUGUGCGUUUGAAAGGACCUUUGUUUGUGUCUGCUUUUAAUCCUCUAAUGCUUGUGCUUGUGGUUCUUAUUGCAUCAUUCAUAUUGGAUGAGUAUAUUACAAUUGGAAGUCUAAUAGGAGGCGUGUUGAUUGUGUGUGGAUUGUAUUUGAUAUUAUGGGGUAAAAGCAGAGAAGCAAGGGAUGUGGAUAAUAUGAACGGGAAUGAGAUACUAUCUACAAAAGACUCUGUUCAAUGCGAUUCUAAUCACAUUGCUAACUCAUCUUUGACUUGCAUCCAAAACGACCAUGACAAGAAUAUUGCAAAUGCUGCUCAUAAUGUAUCAUUAGAUGGCAACACUACUUGAGAAAUUCAAAAAUUACAUAUUUAAGGAUACCAAUUCAUGUGAUUAAAAUGUCUACUCUCACAUUUGAUAUUAUUAAAUAACAAUAAUGAUAUAUAUAUAUA